GCUAAACUUGACCUUCACCAGCAACGAGAAUGCUUCCUGCUACUUCAACAUUAUGUGGAAUAUUUUCACUACUAAUAGCUGGUUCACCAAUAUUCUAUAGUCCUGCGCCACGUGGUGUCUGCUCCAAUUGCUGUGCGAUACGUGAACGAGAAGAUAUUAAAUUUCUGCUCUACACGAACAAAAAUCCGCAAAAAUCAGAAAAUCUCUACUUGGCCGAUGAACGUCGUUUGGCUAAAAGUAAUUUCGAUUUGCAACAACCGUUAGCUUUCUAUUUGCAUGGCUUCUCAGAAUCGGCCAUCGGUGACAAUCAGAGCAGCCAACAACUGAAGGAUGCCUUUUUGAAAUCGGGCAAUUACAAUGUCAUCCUCGUCGAUUGGAGUCCCUUGACAGCGUUGCCUUGGUAUACAAAUGCUGUCGAAAAUUUGCCGGUGGCGGCGCGUUUCAUCGCGCGUUUUUUGCGUUUUCUUGUCGCGAGUGGCUAUCAAACGCGACUCAUUCAUGUGAUUGGUUUCAGUUUGGGCGCCGAGGUGGCGGGUUUUGUGGGCAAACAAUUGUUGGAGUGGGGUGUGGUCUUGCCAAGGAUAACCGGUCUCGAUCCACCUUUACCGCUUUUCGAGGUAGACAGCGGCAAUCGCCACUUGACCCACACCGACGCACGCUUUGUCGAUAUUAUACACACUGACGGCGGUAUACUCGGCAAUCCGGAAGAAAUGGGUCAUGCAGAUUUCUAUCCCAAUGGCGGUCGACCCUUACAACCGGGUUGUGCUAGGCAAGAGAUUGCCAACAAUCGUUGGUUGGGCAUACUGAUUGGUUGCAGUCACCAACGCGCUUGGGAAUACUUUGUAGAGUCUAUAAAUAGACCAUAUGCUUUCCCGGUGGACAGCUGUGAGUCAACGGAGCAAUUUGGUAGAUGCAAGGACGGCAAUGGACGAGCGUUUAUGGGCAUAGCGGCGGAUCAAAGAUUGCGUGGUAAAUUCUUUUUGGAAACAAAUGAUAAGCCACCUUACGGCCGCGAUGCCGAAGCGAAAGAACCGACAUCCCCAAGCGAAAUAGCAACAACAUCAGAGGCUGUUGCUGCCUUGCCCAUGCUGCCAGUUGUCGAGAAAAUUAAUGGCACUCGAGGCCAUGACAGCAAUACCUUGAGGAGAACAAGACAUACAAAAGCGGCGACAAGAAUAUCAACAGUGGCGAAGGCGCCAACAACAACAGCAGCAAGAGCAGCGAAAACAAUAAAAAGAGAAACAACAGCAACAAGAAAAGCGAGAACAACGCGAACAAAAGCAAUCUAAUGCAACAACAAGUACAACUCCUUCGAAAAAAAUAAAGAUAGUUAAAGGCAGAUGCAUUAGCGAGCAGCUUCUGGCCAGUGGGGUGUAGCGGGUGUGUGUAGGGUUUGGGGAGUGGUUGGCCACAAGGCUAUUGUAGGCGCAGCUGUUUUGCAGCAACAACGCAAUAAUGCCCAGAGUGAAUUUGAGGAGAUUUGAACAGAUUUGCUUUCAAUGCGCGCAUAAAGCUGCGGUAGCAGCCAACAGCUGAGGCAAUAGCAAUGGCAGAGGUGGCAAAUACAGAAACGGGAGCAGAGGCAUGUAAUCAUUUUGUACUUGCAGUCAAAAGGAUUCGAAGGACUUAGCAAACAGUAAGAUGAUGCUGAUGAAGAUGCAGCAAUGGGUAAAUUAGGGUGGGGGUUGUGUUGCUGAAAAUAUAAAUUGCUACGAUUUUCAGCAGCGCAAAUAUUUAAGUUAACACUUUUCAAAUGUUGAUGCCAAAAAGUAAGAAAACUACUUAGUAACUAGGAUUUGAUGAAUGAUGAUGACAGUCUGACAAGAGUGAAGAAUAGGCUGGAAAGCCUUAAAACGCAAAUAGUGGUGCUGUAAAAAUUCAUAUUGGAAUAUUGUAAAUUUAAUUUGAUGUAAUGUAAUGCUGAAGGAUAUGGUAGGUAACAGUAAGAACUCUAGUUUUAAAAAUUAAAAAAUAUUUAGGUAAAAUAGUAAAAUCGUGAAGAGAAUUGUCUAAAAAUACGAAGUAUUUAAGAAAAAAAUUCAGAAAAGGCAUAAAUGUAAAUAAAAUGGUUCAUUAAUUAGUCAUAUAAGCCUUUAGUAGCAAGUAAAUAAGUUCCAGGAAAUGAUAUAUUUAUUUAUA